AUGCAAACCUCAAAUCCAGACUUUUACUUCCAAUCCGACGCUGCCAACGCCAAUCGUGCGCGCAAGGCGGCCAAGUCGGGCAAUAAGAAUGGCAACCCCAUAUCUAUGAAGUCCAAGCUCUUGGCGGCUAUCUCAGACCCUGCUGACCCCAACGGCUCAAUACUCGUCGCCGAGUCUGCGGGCUUUUGCAGAAGGGUCAAUCUCGAAUCUACAGAAACAAAGACCACCUACAGGGGCCCCAAGGCGCCCGUGACGUGCCUGGCUAUCGGUGGCGCUGACAACAAGACGCUCUACGCCGGCUGCUGGGACAAGGACGUCUGGUCGUGGGACCUCGACACCGCGCAACCGCGGCGCAAGUUCAGCGGCCACAGCGACUUUGUCAAGACAGUCAUCUGCGGCACGCUCUCCGGCAAGCCCGUCGUCUUCAGCGGCGCCGCCGACAAGAAGAUUAUGGUGUGGGACGCCGAGAGCGGCCGUCGGAUGCACACGCUGCAGGACCCGGCGACCACGAUGCUCGCGGUGCAGCACCUGGCGCUCGACCCGGUCCUCGGCGCGCCCGACACGCUCGUUCUCGUCAGCGCCAGCAGCGACCCCAGCAUCCGCCGGUGGCGCGUCAGCCUCACGGUCGCCGAGCAGCUCCCCGAGGCGUACCACGGACAGCCGGACGCGGAGCGGCUGACGGUGCAGGAGCACGAGACGAGCGUGUACCGGCUCUUCUUCGACGCUGAAGACGAGGACGCGGACCUGUGGACGGCCAGCGCGGACGGCACGGCCAAGUGCCUGGCGCGGACGCGAAGCUUCGAGGCGGAGGAGUCGCUCGAGCACGGCGACUACGUGCGCGCCGUGGUGGUGACGCGGCGGUGGGCGGUGACGGCCGGGCGCGACGAGGAUGUGAAAGUCUGGGACCGCGCGAUGGGGAGGCUGUAUGCGGCGCUGCCGGGCCACUUUGAGGAGAUUACGGACCUGGUGCUGCUGGCGGAGGGCGCGGGCAGGGAGCCGACGCGGGUGUGCAGCGUGAGCAUCGACGGGACGAUCCGCACGUGGCCGCUCGCGCUGGACGCGCUGGACGAGACGGUCCGCAAGAUCAAGGAGGACGCGGAGAAGGCGGCCGCGGGCAAGACGGAGGAGAAGGAGGAGGAGGUCAAGGGGGAGGCAGGCAUGCUGACCGCGGAGGAGGAGGCGGAGCUCGCGGAGCUGAUGGAUGAUUAA